AGUGAUACGUAGAGCUCUGGUUAGUGAGCAGUGAAUCCCUGACGAGGAAUCGGCUCAAAGGUUACAAUUCUAUCACUCUACGCGUUAGUUUGAUGAGUAUGAAGUGUGGAUGUGAAUUUUGCGUAAUUCGAUAAUCGGAAAAACUGUGCACCAAACUGAUCGGCAAUCCAAAUAGAAAAUAGAUGCCAAUCUAGAUAAAUAAAGACAAAACUGUCGCCAUGUACAAGAAUUUUUCGAUGCACCUGCUGGCAACAUGCGUGUUCCUCUCACUUGCAGGGCAAGAAGUAUUCGGUGCUCGUAUUCUGGGACUUUUUCCUGUCGCGAUAAAAUCCCAUCUCACCGUAACUUCGCCUGUUAUGCAUGCCCUGGCUAAAGAAGGCCACGAUGUUACGAUGUUUGUGCCGUUUAACACCGGCUUCAACGCGUCGAAUUACAGAGAGAUCUCAUGGAACGCCGUUCUGAUGACCAAUCAGAUGAACGUCCUGGACUUCGCGAGGGUAAACGUCCUGCUGAAGCCAUUCGGGUUCUUUUUCAUGGGAGUUUCGACAACGGAAGCGAUUUUGAAUACUCCCGAAGCAAAGGCACUGUGGGAAUCAGAUGAAAAAUUCGAUGUCAUAGUCAUGGAGCACUUUGUGAACGAGGCUUUGUUCGCCUACGUUCACAAAUUCAAAUGUCCUGUCGUUCUGAUAAGUACAUUUGGAACAACCAGGACGAUAAAUUCGAUAUUCGGUAAUCCGUCACCGUGGAGUUACAUACCCAGCGAAUUCCUAACGCUUUCUGAUAGAAUGACUUUCGCGCAAAGGCUUCAGAACACUCUAGUGUAUAUUUACGGCGAGCUUAUCCGUAAAUUUUUCUACAUCCCGCGACAACAGGCACUGGUAGAAAAAUACUUGUCGGGUCCCGGUGAGAAAGUUCCACCCUUAGAGGAGAUCGAGAGGAGCGCGGAUUUCAUCCUGAUAAAUUCACACCACGCAUUUUCCACGCCACGAGCUUACAUGCCGAACAUGAAAAACGUCGCCGGAAUGCAUCUAAAACCGGCUAAACCGCUGCCUGCGGACUUGCAACGAUACUUUGACUCCUCGAAUAACGGCGUGAUUCUCUUCAGUCUUGGAUCAGCAAUGAAGAGCGUGCAUAUACCAGAAAAUCCUCUGCGAGCACUCAAGCGAGCUUUUCAACGUCUGCCUUACGACGUUCUUUGGAAAUGGGAGAACGAUACAAUGAAUGACAAACCGAGCAACGUCCGCAUAGGAAAAUGGCUACCGCAGAAUGAUAUACUAACGCAUCCCAAUUUGAAACUUUUCGUGACUCACGGCGGCAUAUCGAGUAUGAUGGAAACCGUUUAUCACGCAGUACCGAUUGUCGGUAUACCGAUCCUUGGGGAUCAAAAUCGAAACUUGAUGUGCGCUAGGGAAAAGGGAUUUGCCGAAAUGAUGGACUUGAUGGAAAUGACGGAAGACGAAAUUUACGAAAAGAUUAUGAAGGUGGCGAGGGAUCCUAAGUAUCGGGAAAGCGUGAAGAAGGUAUCCGCCUACUGGAAGGAUGAAAUGAACAACCCUCUAGAUGAGGCUGUUCAUUGGGUGGAAUAUGUCAUUAGACAUGGCGGCGCGAAGCAUCUGAAGUCAGUUGCAGCUGAGCAAACAUUUGUUCAGUACCUUCUGCUAGACGUGGUUUUUACGAUAAUGAUAUCGCUGAUACUGGGCUUCAUUUUAAUUCGCGCAGCAUGUAGAUUGCUUGUAUGCAGACGAUCUAGUCCCAAGAAAAGCUCUAACAAAGACCAAAUUGUAACUAGGAGAGCUCAAAAGAAGACCAACUAGUACCAAGAAAAGCUAAACAAGACUAACUGAUACCAAUACAAGUUGUAAAUAACCAACUUGUACCAAUAAAAGCUGAAAUAAAACCAACUAGUACCAACGUAAGGUCAAAUAAAAACAAAAUAGUAUCGAGAAAAGUUCAAAAAAGACCAGCUAGUAUCAAUGAAAGAUUAAACAAGACGAACUAGUACCAAUAAAAGUUGUAAAUAACCAACUUGUACUAAUAAAAGCUGAAAUAAAACCACCUAGUACCAACGUAAGAUCAAAAAAGACCAAACUAGUACCGAGAAAAGCUCAAAAAAGACCAGCUAGUAUCAAUGAAAGAUUAAACAAGACGAACUAGUACCAAUACAAGUUGUAAAUAACCAACUUGUACCAAUAAAAGCUGAAAUAAAACCACAUAGUACUAACGAAAGGUCAAAAAAGACCAAACUAGUGCCGACAAAAGCUCUAAAAGAACCAAAUCGUAUCGAUCAAAGUGCAAAAACGAUGAACUAGUCUCAAAAUGAGUUCGAAAAGACCGACUAGUUCUAGGAAAGUUGCGCAACUUUCAAAACCACGUAACUGUACAGCAAACUUUCGUCUGUAACUUCGAUUUAAUGAGACAUUAGAUACUUUAAUACUCGUAGAUAAUACAAAAAUAAAUUAUAUUUUACUACAUGAA